AUGGCUGACGGGGAGUUGGUACAACCUUCCAGUUAUGGAAUCAGUCACAGGGAUGGAUAUAAUCCAUGGGAUAGUAAAGCACUGAAGGAUGAAAAUCUCCCUCCUGUCAUCUGCCAGGAUGUUGAAAACCUCCAAUGUCCUGGAGCUUCUCAUCGGAGACUUGCCCUAGAAAGGAGGAAAACUGAUAAAGCUCAGACAGAGAUUGAGAAUGAAAAUGGAACCACUGUAAUAGAUCUUCCAGGUACUUUAUCCCUCGAAACGGACUGUUCAGGGACAGGCAUAUCACCUGCUGAGUGCAGCUUGAUAUCAGCGUCUCUGCCCCCAUGGCCUGAGGAGCCUGGCCUGGACAACCCCGCCUUGGAGGAGAACACGGCCACAGACACUAUGCAACAGCCGGUUAGUUUUCCAGAAGGCAAAAUUACUACAAUUGAAAUUCACCGGUCUGAUCCUUAUAUUCAGCUAGGAAUUAGGAUUGUGGGCGGAGGUUUAGCGCCACUGAACAACAGAUACAUUGUUAUCCAGGAAGUCUGUCGGGAUGGGGUGUUCACCAAAGAUGGAAGACUUCUUGCUGGAGACCCAAUUCUUCAGGCUAGUGGCGACAGGGUGGAUUUAACAAUUGCUAGGCUGGGGAAAUCCCAGCCUGGUAACCCUGUCCAGGACACAGGAGCUCAGGGUAGCAGCCAGCACCAUGCACAGCCGCUGUACCACAACAGACCCAGCUCACACAAGAUGAGGCCUCGAGUUUGCAUGUUUUCAUUCAUCUGCCCUCAGGGAAUCCUUGUGACAAACUGGUAAGAUUUAAAUGAGGGCUGUUACUCUGUUGGAAAAGGUGAACACAAGGUGUUUGGGGGUGUGGAAUGUGUGUUUGGCUACCUUGAGAGUCCCUGUACAGUCUGUUCCUCAGCCAGUAGGGGUGGUUUCU